AUGGGCUCGUACACGACGCGCUACACGUCUUCUCCGCAGCCGGUGGGCGGCCUCGUAACAGCAUUCCCCAACCCCGGGCAUCGCGCACCCCCCGCAGCGCAACUGUCACAUCCAACUGCCGCGUGCGCGACGGUAACAAGUCCAUCCUCAGCACGAAUCGCUUCAUUGAGGUCACGCACAUCAUCCCGCACCCGGCGGAGGCGCAUCCUGGUCGAUAGUGGAGAUGCUUUUAGGCGCGGAGGAGUUAAAGGUGUGUGCGUUGGGCGGGGCCGCAGAUGGAGGCACGGAUACGGUGGCAGUACAAUGUGUUUAAACUCCGUCGAGCAUUGUUUGUUUUAUAGGGGCCAUUGGGAGCUUGUCCCACCACUAGACAGUGUUCUUCCGUAUGUGGAGAGCACGUGUACGGAGGUGAGCGCGGCGCUGGAUGACUAUCUUUCCCCAAACCUUUGCACCUCGACAAUCUCUCAGCGGCAACCCCGCCCCCUCUUCCCCACACCGCUUUACUACUCAGUUAACCUGCUCACUAGUAUCCAGCACCCAUCGGCUUUCUGUCUAAAAGCCUCUCGACCUCGGCUCGCACACCAGCACGGCGGAAGGCUGCACCCGCUAUGCCGGAGAAAUCCUGGAAGGGCAUCUCAUCACGUUGCGCACGCUGAACAGGGCAGAUCACCCGCUGCUACUGCAGCUGCAUAUUGUAUACUCGCUCAUACGUAUCACAAGGCGGUCGCUAGAGCUACCGGGGAUGAGCUUCGGGGGGAGGCAUGGGCCCCGCCGGAUGUGGAGGAGGAGCAGGAGGAGGAGCAGGAGGAGGGGCAGGAGGGGGAGAAGCGUGGGGAGCAUGCCGAGACUUCAGGGGGGGGAGUUAGCAGCCAGUGA